CUCUCGCAUUAUCUCCAAUGGGCAAUCCAGGCUAAAGCAUUAUUUCCUGUGGGCAAGCUUGUCCUUCGUUUUGGCCCUUCUGGUCUCAGCAGCCCCGUGCAGAGGGGCUUCUCCGGGGCCCCUGGAGGGGGGGGGGGCGGGAGGCUGGGCGGAGUUUGGGCGGUCUCCUGCUGCUGCUGCUGCCGCCUCCCUCCCCAGCCCUGCCCAGCGGGCGCGGCUUCCCUCGCAGGGUGCUCCGGAAAGGGUGGCGGCAGCAGCAGCAGCGGGCAGGGAACGGGAAGGAUGGAGCGCUUGGCUGCCGCGGCCCCCCGCCGCCCGGGCUUCACGUGCCUGGCGGCUGCCUCGCAAGCGCUGGGCCUGGCCCUCGUGCUGCUCGCCGGCGCCUGGAUGGGCGUCUACCGCGGGGGCAUCGCCUGGCACAGCCCCGAGCUGCAGUUCAACGCGCACCCGCUGUGCAUGCUCCUCGGCCUCGUCUUCCUGCAGGGGGACGCCCUCCUGGUCUAUCGGAUUUUCAGGAACGAGAGCAAGCGUUCUACCAAGAUCCUGCAUGGCCUCCUCCAUGGCCUGGCACUGGUCAUUGCCAUGGUGGGCCUGAUCGCUGUCUUUGAAUACCACAAGAAGAAAAGCUUCCCGAAUAUGUACAGCCUCCAUAGCUGGUGUGGAAUCGCUGCUUUCAGCUUCUACUUGCUGCAGUGGCUGCUUGGAUUGGUCUUUUUCUUCUGCCCUGGAGUUUCCUUCUCAGUUCGCAGCAGCUACAAGCCGCAGCACGUCUUCUUCGGGGUCUUCCUCCUCCUCCUUUCUAUUGCCACGGCACUGCUGGGGGUCCUGGAACUGGUGCUCUUCAAGAUCAGUGCCAGCUACAGUUCCCUCGUCCCGGAAGGAGUCGUGGCCAACACCCUGGGCCUGCUGCUGGUGGCCUAUGGGGCCGUCGUGGCCUACAUCUUGACCCGGGACGAGUGGCGAAGGCCCCCCCUGGCUGAGGAGCUGGCCCUUUCCAUGGAUUUCAAAACCCUAACUGAAGGAGAGAGCCCAGCCGGCCCCCGCUGAGGCUGCUGCCAUCCCCUGGGCGUGUGUGUGUGUGUGUGUUGUCACUGGUUGUGGCGCCCCUGCUUCUCGAACACCUGCACAGCUUCACUUUCCCUCUCCUUUGCUGGCCCUUCAGGAAGCAGGAGGGAUCUAGCUGUGAAGCUGGGCGAGGGAGGCUGCGGCUGCUUUCCCUGCUGCUUUUGUGAGGCUGGAUUCUGUGCCCCGUUCCCUGUGGUGGGGAUGGUUCCGGAGGCCAAGAUGCUGCCUUUGUCAAUUUCUGUGUGUCUGAGUGUAACUAAACCUUGGCUAGCUUGCAAGAGAUUUCUGUGCUCAGUCCCAGAGAUGGAUGGAUAGGAUGAAAAAAUGCUUCAGGAAUGGGGUAGGCAGUACGCUUGGGGCACCUGGAAGCUGUGCUGCUUAUUGAGCCAUGGGCUGUAAUAAAAAAUAAAUUCUGAAUGCCUUUCGACUCCCCCGCAGCACUGGGUCGAAUGAAUUUCGGGAAUGUUGGCUCCCUGCUAAGUAGCUCCAGGUAUUUUCACAAUGACCGAACCUAAAUUGCCUUCAUCUUUCCCUCUUUGACAGAGAUUUGACUGAUAUUUUGCACAUAUUGAUUUUAUUCUCUGGGAGCGACACUCCAACAGAGAUGAAAACAGGCUCAUUUGCUUGGCCUGUUUACUCAUCAUGGGGGUGGGGAGGCACACCUGUUAAACUCCCUAGAGGAUAUUAAAACCCAGACUUACAUGGAAAGGUGGAGAUAAUUUUUCAUUUUGAACUCAUAUUAGGGAAUUCUUUCCUUGCCUGGUAGGCUGUGUCACAAGAUGUGCUCAGUUGGGAGAGAUGUGCUGAAACAUUAAAAAAUGUGCUAUUAUGUUAAUUAUGAUAGUGCAUAAAAUAUUUAUUUUCCCAGGAAUUCCUUCAGAAUAGUUAUUUUUCUUCAGAAGCACCACUUGUUAUGUUUAAAAAACCACCGACCUGGAUAUUAUCAGAAUGUAAAUUUGGUUCUGGCUGGAAUCUCUUGUACUGUUGGGUUGACCGAAUUUCAUUAAAUCAGUGGAGCAAG